AUGGAAGGUAGACGAACUAUAUCGACUGAAAACAAUGACAAGAGUCAAGAGAUACAGACCUUUCAGAACGAGGAUGGUACUGUGAGUAGCUACUUUGACAAGCGGAAAGUGCGGAUCGCGCCGCGGUCAACGUUGCAGUUCAAGAUAGGUCCGUCAUUCACGCCGAAGGUUGAGUAUAAUGUGGUGCUAGAUGCGCGGACGGGGAAAAAGGUGGAGUUGGAAAUCAGGCCACGGAUAGAUAGAGGGUUUGAUUUCAUUGAAAACGAGUGGAUUGGGUACAAGCGCAACUACUUUACCGUGGUGAGUGCGUUUGACACGCCGCACAUGUCACUAGAGCAGUUUCUCCAGGGUACGUACGAGAUUCGCCCAGAGCAUAGCCACCAGCGGCUGCGCGUAAAGUACUUUGCCGUCAAGCUCGUGGCAAAAUGCAUUGAAGACCAGUCUCAGAUCAAUCUUGUGCAGCACACGGCGAAGCGCGACAAGGGUCCUCAAUUUGCGCCGCCCAUCCACCCGCUUGUGCCUGCGCCACUCCCAAACCACCAGAUGAUCCGCGAAGCAUCCAAUGUGAGGAACGAGUCCAAAAUGAAGAAGUUUGACCACGAUUUUUUCCUUCAUCGAGAUCGUAUAUUGCAGGAUUUCGAUGAGGGUUGUAUUAUUUAUACGUAUCCCCACGACACGAUCAAGAAGGUUGCUAGGUACGAGAGGAUCCAAUUCGCGUCUUCCAUCACAGUCAAGAAACCGACACAACAGAGUAAGCACUUUGUUUUGCAAUUGGUCUUAGGUUGCUGCAUUGACGGCAACCAUAUAAAUAGAGACAGCAACAGUGAAUACUACAAUUUGGAUACGUAUGACCAAGACGCGGAUACUACAUUCAUUCCGAUCCUUAUGAAGCAAACGCCAGCCUUAAUCAUACGGGGUAGGUCUCCAUCGAAUUAUCCGCAGCAAAUUAAGACUUUGGCAACGAAAGAGGAAACGAUCCUCGCGGAGGCCAGCAAUGGCAACAUUCCGAUGCCAGCGGAACCCAAACAUAUGAAGAGAGGUCGGAAGAAGAAGGAGUAUAUUGAAGAUGAUGAUGACCUUGAUGAUGAUGAGCCAAUCAUUAGUGAACGAAGCAACAAAAAGGAACGGAGAAUUGAGAGGAAUUCGGUUAUUUCAGGUAGCAAUGGCAUGCAAAAAGGGCACGACGAGCAGCUGACCUACAUUGAAGGCGUAAAACGUAAAAUAGUACCUCUUGUAUUGCAGAGUUCAUUAACAGCUAGAGAUCUAGAGCUCCUGCCGAAGACCUCUAUGCUCUCUGCUUUACACAAUAGCCUCGAGGCAGAUACCACGCCUUCUUUCCAUCUUUCUCCACUGAAUGACUAUGAUGUUGAGCUACUGUCCAUCCAGUACGACCCGUUCAAUCUAGAAAACCACCCAUAUGAACAACCACAGCCGCAGUUGUCAUUGCAGCCCGAACCUUCAAAUCACUUGACAGAAGGUAUACUUUUGGGUCCUAUAGAAAACCGGAAACGCAAGUUAUCCAAUAAGUCCAGUAUAUCCUUACUAUCCGAAGGCAAGGCAAAGCUUUCUAAAAAAAAUACAAUGGCAGUAACUACAACAGCGGCUUCACAUUCAAGCGCUAGCAGCGUUAGCUUUUCCACGUUUCAUAGCUUUGCGCCGAUGUCUAGGGAGUAUCAACAUCAUGGGUCAGCAGCAACUAAUAAUUUCCUCAUUAAACACAUUUCACCUUCUCAACAGAAUCAACAGGGUAGUAAUGAUAUUCCGAGAUCGACUCCUCACGUGAACAACCCGAUGGAUAUUUCAUUUUGCUUGAACAUCGAGGAGUUGCCAUCAUCUAGACAAAGGCCAUAUUCUGGAAAACGCGGCAUUGUAACAGCAGGAGGUAAUAGCAAACCAUCAGAGCUUUUAAAUUCUAGUGAUUUCCUCGAUGAACCUAGCUUCUUUCGUCAUUAG